CAAAUCGAGCGCCAUUGCUCUGUAACUACGAGGGGGCUACCAUGAUGACUAUAAACACGUGGAGCUUGGGAAUCGUUUCUGACUGCAAAGAGAGAGCCGCUCCUUUUCCUCGAGCUUGGCUGGCUAAUUCUAGAAUUAAUGAUCCAGCUUCUGACUUAUGGGCGGGUCCGCCUCGUCCGCAGGACGGAUUACUCAUGCAUUGCAAGGGGUGGCACAUGGAUACAGUUCGACGCCGCCGUAAGACGCGUGCGCUCUGCGAAUAGUCACGAUCGGCGAGAGUGUGUUCGUCGACGAGUACGACGGGCGGAAUCGUCGGCUGCUGCGGCGCUCGGGCGUGGUUUUUCACGUCGUCGCGGUACGCGCCGUUACCCAGUUAGGGAGGAGACAAAAGGUGCACCUGGAUCUCGGGGGGCACCCUUCUCCCCCAUCCCCCUCCCCCCCGUUGCAGCCAGUCAGCCUGAGUCAGGCAGCGACUAUCGACGAGACUAGAAGUAUGCACGGUGUGGCGCGUCGCCGGUCACCGAUCUUAUAAUCGCCGAUCAUCGUGCAAUUGCCGACGAAAUCGUCAGAAUCGGCAUAUCCGGCGAUCAACAGGCACAGCGAAUUAAAUGGCACGUUGCGCCGCAGUGACGUCACCAUACCGUCAUCUGGUGAGAUCAUCAUCGAAGGCGUCGUCGUCGUCGUCGUCGAAUCGCAUUAUGAUACUCAUAAGACUGUAAUUUCAACGAAGAUGUCUCAGACAGCUAACAAGAUUUCUCUUCAGGAACGUAAGAUGAGAAAUUGAACUAUCUGAGUGUAGGGAUCGGUGCCAUGCAGGUCCGUCUAGAUGGGAAACUGGCGUUGCUGUAUACUCUAUUGAUCUUGCAAGUUCUGAUUGUUAUGAUCUAUGUCGCCACAACUCCGCCGCCCGAGCUAGCUGCAUCUACGACUCGUGCAUCCGUCAGUUUCGUCAAGUUUGAAGCAUCGCAGGAUCUGCACGUAAAUCAGGGCAAUCGUAAAAAAUCACCAAUCUAUCAGACAAUCAAUGGGGAGGUAGCGUUGAAAGAUGUCAAGACAUUUAGACUGUUUGAAAUAUACAAUCAUACUGUAUGCUGGAAAUAUGGAGUGGAUCAGCGUAAAAUGAAAAGCAAUGAGCAUCUGGAAAGAUGUAUCUGCAAUCAAGGAUGGCAUGGCUUGGAUUGCGGUCAACCAGAAGUCGUGUGGAGGGCAAUCAUGGCGUCGAAGCAGAACGUUAGCCUGAAACGUCGCAAAACUGCCAGGCACAUUAUUCACACCUUUUUUAUAAGCGACUACAACUCGGCGAUCGCUGAGGUGAUAGUGGAGGAACUCUACAACGUGGUGGACCUUUUUGUAAUUUGUGAUUUCAAUAACGCGGAAGAUAAUUUCCGGCACAAACUGUCCAAAGGACUGCUACAGCGAGAGCAGAAGAAGAUUCUGUACAUCAACGUGGCGACCAAGUCCCAUAAACCAUCCCGGAUAGUAUCGAGAUACGUUUGGGAUAAAAUCAAGACUGUGGUGCAGAAUCUAAAGGACGACGAUAUCUACGUGACAAUGGAGCCAGAGCAGAUACUGAACUCCAGAGCAUUAAUGUUCCUCAAAGUUUACGACGAUUGGCCUCAACCCAUCGGAUUUAGAUUAAGAUGGUCAAUAUACGGCUUCUUUUGGCAGCAUCCGCUCAAGACAACGAUCACACUCGGCGCAUACACCGUCGGUUUGAUGCGCAAUGCCUAUCAAUCCAACUCGCUUGUAUUGCGACAACAGUUGGACGGAGACACCAGCGAGAGAGAUAUUUUGGGAUUAGUCAUAGGAGAUUUGAAUCAUUACGGUGGGUGGUAUUGUAAUCUAUGCCAGGCACCCGCAAAUAUUAUUAUCGGUCUUCGCAAUAAAGUUCAGUCUAAGGAGAUUUAUAUCGAGAAGACUAUCGAUGUGCCGUUUGUAGAGGACCUAAUAGGUAGCGGACUGUGGUUGGACGGUAAAACCAAUCUUCUGAGAGUCUCUAAGUCUAGGGAUUCCUACUUCGCGCCAGAAACGAUUCUCAAUAACACGUGGAAGUACGACUGGUUGGUAGAGAAUUUUUACGCUAAACUAGAUUACUACUGACGUACUGGUCGCACCCGACUGUGAUAUUAACUCAUAUUCAAUACUCAGUGUAUACUAAUGUAAUAUUAUACUAAAUUUAUACACUAAAAUAUUACGUUGACAAAAUAUAAAUGUUAAAUGGUUUAUACAUACAACUUAUACGCCUAGCAAUUUGAA